CCCCGGCGCGGAGAAGAGAGAGAGAGCUCUUGGUUACUGUCAUUGUGCAGGCUGGCGGCGCGCGUGUUAGGAAUGCGCACGCGCCGUACGAGCAGGCGCGGGAGACUUUGCCGCCUUACAAGAGAGGAGAGGGAAGAUGUCCCUAGCGCUAGUUCAAGGGGCGACAGGGCAGCCUGACGGCAGUGAUAUAGGUAAUAGGCACAUGACAGAAGAUGCAAACAAAGAGAAAGGGCAUCUUAUAACAGCAGGAGGAGAAUGUGUUGAUCCCAAGGAGGAAGAUACUGAGACCAUCACAGAAAGUCUAACUUGGUGCAAAGAGUCUGAAGCAACUGUAUCUUUCCUGGCUCUUCUGUGUCACAAAGCUGUUCCUGAAGGAUGGGAAAGGAUAAUAAAGCAAAGACAGUCUGGCAAAACAAAAGGAAGAUAUGACAUCUAUUUUGUCAGUCCCCAAGGAGUAAAGGUCAGAUCCAGACGUGCACUUUUGGAUUACUUUACAAAGAACGGAGAGACUGUUCUUAAAUUAGAGGACUUUGAUUUUUCUGUGUCUGUUCGGGAGAGUAUCCAGUCAAGCGCAAGGGCUCUGGGGUCAGAAGGACAGAACUGUAUCACUAGCAGCCAGACUCUAGAUCUUGGACAGCAAAGCAGUGAAGAAAAGCAAAAUAAGAUUUUGGAAUUUCAAGCCAGUGCUGGUGAGCCAGAUUUGCAGGAUGGGCCCACUGCAGAGGACCCCUCAAAGGAUUCAUGUUUCAAAGCCCAAGAGAGGAGUGCUGCUGAGAGGAAGACUCAGAUUAAGAAAGCAAAAUGCGGUUCAGAAAUGGGGAAUCUGGAUGAUGCCUAUAACACAAGACAGAGGAAACGGCCCCCAAAAAGUCAAAAGGCAGAAACUGUUAAAAAUCCCAGAAGAAAAAAAGAUACAUGCAUUUUUAAUAGUGUCCAUAAAGUGUGUCAUAGAGGCUCAAGAAAAAGUAAAACAUGCUUAAAGGAUGAGCUGCUGGUUUCUGAACCAAAAGUGGAGUUGCAUGUUGGACCGGUAGCCGCUGUCUUGGAACACAAGUCAAGCACAGAAGUUUUAAAAUGUGAUGAGGAUCCCACCAGUGUAGUUUCUGUAGCAGCUGAUGAAAACUUUUCAGAAUUGGAAAACCAGCCUUCAGGGAGCCAAGAGUUAAACAUUGCUUCCAAUAUGGAAGUUACUGACUCACAGACCAGUGACGAGAGCCAUUUUACAUCAGUAAAAGAGGACCAUUUUCGAAGACCUCAAGUGGAGAGAAGAAAAACCAGCCCAUAUUUUUCUAGUAAAUUCAUUCAAGGAGCUCCAAGCCCACCUAGAAGGAAGGCAUUUCGGAAAUGGACUCCACCUCGUUCUCCUUUUAAUUUGGUCCAAGAAACACUCUUUCAUGAUCCAUGGAAACUUCUCAUUGCAACUAUAUUUUUGAAUAAGACCUCAGGUAAGAUGGCCAUCCCUGUGCUGUGGGAAUUUUUCAAGAAAUAUCCUUCACCUGAAAUAGCAAGAGUUGCAAACUGGAAGGAAAUGUCAGAGUUGCUUAAACCUCUUGGCCUUUAUGAACUCAGAGCAAAGACCAUCAUCAAAUUUUCAGAUGAAUACUUGGUCAAACAGUGGAGGUAUCCUAUUGAGUUGCAUGGGAUUGGAAAAUAUGGAAAUGACUCUUACAGGAUCUUUUGCAUCAAUGAGUGGAAAGAGGUACAGCCACAAGACCAUAAGCUGAAUGUAUAUCAUGCCUGGCUGCGGGAAAAUCAUGAUAAACUGAAUAUUAAUUAAUGUAUAGCUCUGUGUAGGUACAAUAUCUACUGGGGGUUUUUUAAUAUCAAACUUUUCAAUCAUCCCUCUUGGUUACUAUAAAUGUAAACAUUUUAAUAUAUAUAUUUGUAUAUUGGACACUGUGUAUUAAAUUUCAGCAUUGGUUUAUGUACAUAAUCCUGUUCAGAACUUUUGUAAUUAAAGUUGACUAAGACUUGGGUUAAUAUU